AUGGCUUCAUCAAUAUCUGGUCCUGUACCACUUCCUGCUUCCAAAUAUGAUCUCAGCACAUAUUUUGGUCGUGUUCGUCACUGUGCCGAAAUCCUGGACCCAACCAUGCUUCUUACAACUCCUCAUCAACUUGAACAAGCGAAACGAUUAGUAUGGGAUUAUAAAAAUGGGGUAUUGCCUCAGAUGACACCAGAUUUAUGGAGAGCUAAACAAAUCCUCGACUCCUCAUUGCACCCAGAUACUGGUGAAAAAGUCUUUUUGCCUUUCAGAAUGAGUUCGUGUGUAUUAUCAAACUUGGUGGUUACUGCAGGUAUGUUAACACCUGGAUUAGGUACUGCAGGUACUUUGUUUUGGCAAGUAGCAAACCAAAGUUUGAAUGUGGCUAUAAACACCGCCAAUGCUAACAAAUCACAUCCUUUAACUACCAUGCAAAUCGCCACCAAUUAUGCCAUGGCUGUGACUGCAAGUUGUUCAGUUGCUGUGGGUCUUAAUUCAAUUGUUCCAAAGUUAAAAUCGCUUCUGCCAACCACCAGAACCGUUUUAGGAAGAUUGGUUCCGUUUGCUGCCGUUGUUUCAGCGGGUGUUGUUAAUGUAUUUUUAAUGAGAAGUGAAGAAUUAAAGAAGGGGAUUUCCGUGUUUGGUCACCUGGGAACUGAAGUUGGAACAUCGAAAACGGCCGCAUGGUACGCCGUGGGUGAAACCGCUGCAAGUCGUGUGAUUAACGCCACUCCAAUUAUGGUCAUUCCUCCAUUGAUAUUAAUGAGACUUCAAAAAACAAGAUUGUUAAAGGGUAAGAGCAAGGCAGUCGAAACUGCUGUAAAUAUUGGAUUGAUUUUUGCAACUUCCCUUGUAGCAUUACCAUUCGCCUUGGGUGUGUUCCCACAAAGAAGAGUAUUACCAGUUACUACAUUAGAACCACAAUUCCAUGGGUUAAAGGAUAAAAACGGGAAUGAAAUUACUGCAUUAGAAUUUAAUAGAGGUAUCUAG